CGGAGCUGACGCUUCCUGUGACAGCUCGACGCCGCAUGAUGGUGUGGAAGUUGCGCGUGGUGCGCUGCGGCUCCAUGUUUGCCGCGCGGCUCUUGAAGCAGGACUGGACUUUCCGGUUGGCGGGACCUUCUCUCAGACGUUACAGCACCAGGACGGCGCCUCACAUACCGGGCAUGGAGUACCAGGAUGCCAUUUGCACUCUGAACACCCUACAGACCAAUGCCAGCGCCCUGGAGCAGGUACGACGAGAGCGGAGCAACCCUCAGUUGCAGCUCCAGGCCAUGAGAGGCUUCUUGGAGCGAGCCGGUCUCACGGUGGAGAAGCUGGACCAUCUUAAUAUUAUUCAUGUGACAGGAACCAAGGGCAAGGGGUCAACAUGUGCAUUCACGGAGCAGAUUUUGAGAAGUUAUGGGUUCCGCACUGGAUUUUACAGUUCCCCACACUUGGUAGAAGUCCGGGAGAGGAUUCGAAUCAAUGGACGGCCCAUUGGAAAAGAGCUCUUCACUAAAUACUUCUGGCAGAUUUAUGGACAAUUGGAUGAAACGAAGGAUGCCCACGGAGGAACGAUGCCGGCAUACUUCCGUUUCCUCACCAUCUUGGCUUUCCAUGUGUUUCUUCAGGAGAAGGUGGAAUUGGCUGUAAUUGAAGUUGGAAUUGGUGGAGCAUAUGACUGCACCAAUAUUAUAAGGAGGCCGUGGGUGUGUGGCAUCUCCUCUUUGGGUAUCGACCACACUCAGAUUCUUGGAGACACCAUUGAAAAAAUUGCCUGGCAAAAAGGAGGCAUCUUCAAGCUGGGGGUUCCUGCCUUCACAGCCAAACAACCAGAAAAUGCAAUGGCUGUGCUCAAGGACAGGGCCACGGAGAUCAGAUGUCCUCUGUGGGUGUGUCCAGAGCUGGAGGACUAUCAGGCAGACUGUGGACCUUUGCAUCUUGGCUUGGCAGGGUUGCAUCAGCGCUCCAAUGCCUCCCUGGCCCUCCAGUUGAGUCACACUUGGCUACAGAAAAGAUGUCUACCAGAUAAUAGCUUUCCUUCCACCAUUGCUGAGAACAAAGGUGUACUUCAGGCCACUUCCUUUAAGCCCAGCCCCAUCAUGGUGAAAGGACUGGCAGAUACAGAGUGGCCAGGGAGGAAUCAGACUCUGAGACAUGGAGUAGUCACCUACUUCUUGGAUGGAGCUCACACCAUGCGCAGUAUGCAGGCCUGUGUGCAAUGGUUCAGAGAUGUUGCAGCCCAGCAUGAGAGGAGGGCAAGUGGACCUGUAGCCAGAGUUUUACUCUUCAAUGCCACAGGAGAGAGAGACUCAGCAGCCAUGCUUAAACUCCUGGUGCCAUGUCAUUUUGACUUUGCUGUAUUCUGCCCAAACAUCACUGAAGCCAUCCCUUCUUGUAAUGCAGACCAGCAGAACUUUAACGUCUCGGUGGAGAACAUGUUGACUCGCUGCCUGGACAAUGAGAGGAGUUGGCGUCUUCACCAUCGUAGUGCAGUUGAUAAAAGAUCGCAGCUGUUCAUCGAGGAAGCCCUUCCCCUGGUCCCUUUGAAGAAAACUGACACCCUGGUCUUCCCCUGCAUCCUCAGUGCCCUUCAGUGGAUUACCCAGGGCAGAGAUUCAAUGCUGAUAGACACAACCAAGAGGGUCUUAACUGUUAAACCCAGCAUCAUGGCCAAAGCUCCUCCACCCUGCGACGUAGCCGAGAUCCACAUCCUCAUCACCGGAAGCCUCCACCUAGUGGGAGGAGCACUCAGACACCUUGACCCAGCUUCCUCCAAGUAAUUGGGAUCAUGUAAGCUGAGUGAAUGCAGACGGUUGAAAUAAUGAAUUAGUGCUUUACUUCUACAACCUUUGCGGAAGAAAGAUCGUAUCUGUCUGUAUAGAUGAGCUGUUUGUGCCUCAGGUGUUUACGUGAAUAGAAAAGCUGCACACAGUUGUCUUCUAAGAGUCAGUUAGUGUGGACAAGGCAGCUCCAGGCUUUAAAACAGCCCUAGCUUCACACUGAGCCUUACAAGUGACUGCACCAACGUGUGGUCUUUUUAGUCUUACAUUAAGCCAAAUUUGUUUACAGGAAGUGCAGAGGAUACAGUCAUCUAGCGUGUGUGCGUGCAUGAGCGAGCGAGCGAGCUUCAGCAAUCACUAAUGCCACCUGGAUGAACCACAGUGAUAUAAUAGGUUUUCUAUUGUAAACACAUUUUUACCUACAACCUGAAAGUGCUAUAUGGAUUUAAAUUAAUUUUUCCUGUUUACAAAUCUACAUUAUGUGUAACACUUGACCGUUAUUGUCUUUUUUUUAUCCAAUGAAAACAAUUUUGCACGGUUUCAACCUUUGUCAGAAUUUGACAAUGUUCUUCAAACACAUGACAGACUCAUCUUGGUUGUAGAUGUGUAAAUAUUCUAAAACUAGUGUAACUGCCAAUCAAAUGAAGUGUAAUCUACUUUACACUGUAAUUCUAUUUAAGUGCUCUUUAAUUUAAACGUGUAUCAUCUGACUGCAACACAUGCACUUAUGUAUGAAUGAAGGUGAGAGAUACUGGAACAGUAUAAUGUAUAUUUAUCAUCUGGCACCUAAUGUCAUGGACUGAAUCCGAUCUGAUAGAGGUGUUCAGCUGCACAGGAGGUUCGACCACAUCCUGUCACCAGUUACACAAAAAAAACUGACAUGUUCAUCCUGCAAGACAAAAUGUCCUUAAGAAGAAUCUGUCUUUCUCAGUAGUGAAGAUGAGAUAUCUGCUCAUAUCUAAAAUAUGAUUGAUUGAUCUGGAAAUUGCGUACACCAUUGGUUUGGAUAUUACAUGCUAAAUAAAUCCAUCUCCCCAUGUGCUGAA